AAAAAUUUAAUUUAGCUUUGAGUCAGUGAUGAUUGAACUUGAUCUUGUUUUUAGUGACCAUGAAGUUAACACAAAAACUUGUUGGAAGGAAAAAUUGAAUGUGCAAGCUCCAACUAUUUUUACAAGAAAAACUUCAGUGGAGUGAUUAAAAGUCUUCAGAUGUUCAUCGGUGGUCCUUCAACAUUUUUCUUUCCAGGAAAAGUCAGGUGUCUCUGCAGCAGUCUAAAUCCCUCCGCCAGAACCUGUGGGCAGCUGGGCGGAGCCUAAGGCUGAGCCCGCUCCAGUGACCUCGGCAGAAAGGAGCCAGCAACUGCUGUACUGAGAAGACCUUGCCGAGUCUUCAGAUGGAUUUUAAAAUUGAACAUACUUGGGAUGGUUUUCCAGUGAAGCAUGAGCCAGUGUUUGUCAGGCUGAACCCAGGUGACAGAGGAGUGAUGAUGGAAGUUAGUGCUCCAUUUUUCAAUGACCCUCCAGCUCCACUUGGAGAACCAGGAAAGCCUUUCAAUGAACUGUGGGAUUAUGAAGUUGUGGAAGCAUUUUUCUUGAAUGACCUAACCGAACAGUAUUUAGAAGUUGAACUUUGUCCCCAUGGACAGCAUUUGGUGCUUUUACUCUCUGGAAGAAGAAAUGUGUGGAAACAGGAACUUCCUCUGUCAUUCAAAGUGUCCAGAGGAGAGACCAAAUGGGAAGGCAAAGCUUGCCUUCCUUGGAGUUAUUUUCCACCAAAUGUGACAAAAUUCAAUUCAUUUGCAAUUCAUGGAUCAAAAGAUAAAAGAAGCUAUGAAGCUCUUUACCCUGUACCUCAGCAAGAAGUGCAACAAGGACAAAAACCUGAUUUCCAUCGCCUGGAAUACUUCAAGCCUUUCAAUUUUAACUCACUGCUUGGAGAAGAAUGGAAACAACCAGAAUCAGACCUGUGGCUGAUAGAGAAACCUGAUAUAUAGGAGUGUAGUAGAUGACCAUAUCAAUCAUUUCUUCUCUAUACCUUUUAAGGUAAACUAAUAAUAAGUAUAAUCUCUUUCAAGAUACCAUGAACACAUUUCAACAACAAAUAUUUUCAUAGAGCUCAGUGAAAAUAUAGUAUCUCUGUGGCAAAUUGUGUAUGAACAAGAAAAUAUAAAGUUUGUAGAUGAUUUUAUCUACAAAGUUAAACUAUUUUCUCAGUCACUUAAUCUAGGAGCCAUCAUGUCAAUGAGUUCUACUGUAUGCCUUGCAUCACCGUCACCCCAAAUAUCCCUGACUCUGUCAACCAAAAUCAUUAUUUGUCUUCCCACGUCCCUAAACCUCAGCCAGCCUGAGACUGGAACAUCUUAUUUGCACAUUUUUGAGCUCCAUGUAAUAGACAAUAAUUCCUUACUUGGAAUCUUCUGUCCAUUCUUGAAAUGAGUAGAAAACAAUGAAACAAUAUUUCAGUUGAACAGGACAUCUACAUCUGUUAAGGCAUUAUUAAGAUACGUGUUAUUUAACCAGCAGUUUUUUCAGUCUUAUGAUUAUUUUUACUCUGUAGAAGGAAAUGGAAUGAAAUAGUCUUGAAUUCGAGCAACAGAUUCUGCUUUUAUUUACAAAUAAAUGACAUUUCUUAAUGCUGUUAAACAAGA